AUGGCCGAAGGCGCACCGCAGAUGCCUACGCCUACGCCUACCCCUACGCCCACCACCCCGGCCCCCGUCCGCGCCCCUGCUGCCAUGGGAGGGACGAAGCUCAGCACGCCUGCACAACCUCGCUUCUCCAGCUUCCAGCCACAGCCACAGGCGCAGACACAGGCGCAGACACAGACACGGCCACAAGCACAGACUCAGACACGGCCACAAGUGCAAACACAGACACGGCCACAAGUACAGACACAGGCACAGGCACAGGCACAUAGCGCAGGCGUCAUGUCGCCCGUCAACCAGAACGGCUGCUUCGAGUUCGACCGCAUCAUCAAGGCCGGCUCCGUCCUCAAGCGCACGCGCAAGACCAAGCAAUGGAAGCCAAUCUACAUCGUCCUGCGCCCCAACUGCCUGUCCCUCUACAAGGACAAGGCCGAGACCAAGCUGCGCCACCAGAUCAACCUCUCCGAGAUCACCGCUGUGGCCCGCCAGAAGGACUCCAAGAAGAAGAUGGACCACGUCUUCGGCAUCUUCUCGCCCGCCCGCAACUACCACCUCGGCGCUCCCACCGACCGCGACGCUCAGGCCUGGGUCGACCUGAUCCGCGCAGAAGCUCGAAUCGAUGAGGACGAGGGCGAGCUGAUCCUGCUCAGUCCUACCGGCGCAAACACCUUCACCGGCUUCGAUCCAUCGCACCAUGCGCACACCAGCCCCCUCUCCUCCUCCUCCGACGUCGAGCCCUCGUCGCUGUCCCCAAGCGCUCUACCGCCCGACCCCCAGCCUGUACCCAUGCACAGCGCCCGCCGCCCCUCGCAAGCCCUCAACUACUCCGGCAACGAACAGGGCUCCCUCUCCGACUUGGACUUCUCCGACUCGGCAGCCCCGAAUGCGGCCUCUACCACCUCGCUGCCCUGCUCGAAAUCACAGACGCGCAACCCUCUCCCCCGCAACCGCAACGUCAGCCAAACCUCCCACCUCAACGUGCCUGCCUCGACCUCCGACUCCGACCCGGACCGCGUAGUGUACCACGGAUGGCUGUACGUGCUCAAGUCCAAGGGCGGCGUGCGCCAGUGGAAGAAGGUCUGGGUCGUGCUGCGUCCAAGAUGUCUUGCUUUUUACAAAAACGCCGAAGAGUACUCGGCCCACCUCAUCAUCCCGUUUGAGAGCAUCAUCGACGCGGUGGACAUUGACAGCGUGAGCAAGAGCAAGCAGUACUGCAUGCAGGUCAUUUCCGAGGAGAAGAACUUCCGGCUGUGCGCAAAGGGCGAGAACGAGCUGGCCAAGUGGCUGGGCGCGUUCAAGAGCCUGCUUGUCCGGAGGAGGGAGGGCGAGGGAAAGAGGAUGGCGCAGACACCGGCCGUAACCACGACUGCAGCCACGCCGACGCUGCCCUCGACACCGGCCGUAAUCACGACCGCAGCCACGCCGACGCUGCCCUCGACACCAAGCACCGCGACCACCACCGCACCUCCACAGAAGCGAGUCUCGAUGACAGCGCCCAACGUACCACCACCCACCAUGCAACCUCUGGCGAUCAAGUGA